GAGACCGUAUUGAGAACUCUGGCUGCCUGGGGCCGCCAUUUUAAAUAUGGGGCUAGCUCGGAAGCCCCGUACGGUGAAACCCAGGGGCGUGGGGCUGCCAUAUUGGCGCUAGUCCCAUGGCGGUGGCCAUCUUGGAAAAGGGCCCGCCGUGGGCGCGGCCAUCUUAGAAGUAAAACCGGCCCCUUCGCAGGAACUGGAGCCGAGCUCCUCCCCUCCGUUCCCGAGUUCCUCGGCUGCGAUUACCCUCGGAAUCCCUCCCUGGAUCUAACCUGUUCGGUCUGUUUUCACUUUCACUUGUGUUCAGUGCUUUCGCGCGCGCGUGUGCGUGCGUGUGUGUGUGAGUGCUCCCCGUAGCCUCUGAGCGUCUGUUUUAACUUAAUUCUUCCACUUGAGACGCCCUCUCGCGCCCGCCAUCCCCCCAGUCCCGGCGAUCUCCGAUCCCAGACAAUGUCUAGCCUGAUUUGACUGGCCCUAUUCUUGGGGUAUGGCAGGCCUUUCACCUCGCGCACACACUCCCAGAUCUACAGACUGAUGAUCCUCUCCCCAAGAACUCUUAACACAGGAGCUGUCCUCUGAGACUCUGGAUGACUUUAUUCUUCAAACGGCUUUACCCUUCUCAUAGCUCCAGGCAUUCUGAACCUGGACUCGGACGGAGCCGGAAGGAGCUGAGGCCCAGGCAGACUCCCCCCCCCCCACCCUUAAAUGGGGUGGUCUGGACCUGUGACAUCGCCCGCAGUGGAGUCUGUACUGGUUGCGGGGGACCCUGCUCAUUUGAAAAUCUGACAUCAGCUGGGCAGUCGCCCCCCUCCUCCCUCCUCCCUCCGCUCUGACAUAGCAUGUAGUGCCUGAAUCAUCUUUUCUUUCCCGGGGACUCUCCAUUCCCUAUAUCCAGGAAAAUGUGAUGAGCUACAGGUAUCAGCUUCUAGAUCACCAACCACUUCAUGUUCUAGCCACAAGUGACUCGAGUGGAAGAUCCGGGGGCAACAAGGUACGUCAGGAAGAUGCCUACAGAACAAGGAGAAGCUGGGGGAAAAGAGGUGUGCAGAUACCAGAUCAAAGAAUCGGACAAAGAAGAGGAACCACCAGCUGCUUCAUCCCAUGGCCAAGGGUGGCGUCCAGGUGGCAGAGCAGCUAGGAACUCGAGGCCUGAACCUGGGGCCAGACACUCUGUACUCCCUGCCAUGGUCAAUGACCCACCAGUACCUGCCUUACUGUGGGCCCAGGAGGUGGGCCACAUCUUGGCAGGUCGUGCCCGCAAGCUGCUGCUCCAGUUUGGGGUGCUCUUCUGUACCAUCCUCCUCCUGCUCUGGGUGUCUGUCUUCCUCUAUGGCUCCUUCUACUAUUCCUACAUGCCCACAGUCAGCCACCUCAGCCCCGUGCAUUUCUACUACAGGACUGACUGUGAUUCCUCCACCUCCCUACUCUGCUCCUUCCCUGUUGCCAAUGUCUCGCUGGCUAAGGGUGGACGUGAUCGGGUGCUGAUGUAUGGACAGCCGUACCGUGUCACCUUAGAGCUUGAGCUUCCAGAGUCCCCUGUGAAUCAAGAUUUGGGCAUGUUCUUAGUCACCGUUUCAUGCUACACAAGAGGUGGCCGAAUCAUCUCUACUUCUUCGCGCUCCAGCCACAUGAUGAAGCAAAUCUCUGAAUGCCUACAUGGAGAAAAUUUCAGCCUCCUGCUGUUUGGCUUUGCAGAGCAGAAGCAGCUCCUGGAGGUGGAGCUCUACUCGGAAUACAGGGAGAACUCGUACGUGCCGACCACUGGAGCGGUAAUCGAGAUCCACAGCAAGCGCAUCCAGAUGUAUGGGGCCUACCUCCGCAUCCAUGCCCACUUCACCGGCCUCAGGUACUUGCUGUACAACUUCCCGAUGACCUGUGCUUUCGUAGGCGUCGCCAGCAACUUCACCUUCCUCAGCGUCAUCGUGCUCUUCAGCUACAUGCAGUGGGUGUGGGGGGGCAUCUGGCCCCGACACCGCUUCUCUUUGCAGGUCAACAUCCGGAAAAGAGACAGUUCCCAGAAGGCAGGGCAGCGAAGGAUCUCUGUCCGUCAUCCAGGGCCCCAAGGCCAGGAGGAGUCAACCCAGCUGUCAGACAUCACAGAGGACUGCGAGAGCCCUGAAGAUCCCCCGGGGGCAGAGGGUCAGCUCCCUGAGGAGGAGAAAGCAGACCAGCGGCCCUUGAAUGGAGAGGAGGAGCUGGAGCCAGAAGCCAGUGAUGGUUCGGGCUCCUGGGAAGACGCGGCUUUGCUGACCGAGGCCAACCUGCCUGCCCCUGCCCCUGCCCCGGAGACUCUGGGCAGCUCUGAACCCUCUGUGGGCAAUCUCCGACAGCGCCCCACCUGCUCUAGUUCCUGAAGAGAACAGGGCAGAGUCCUGACAUUCCAGUCCUUUCUCACCUGACCCCUUCCCCAAUAAACUAUUUUCAUGCCA